UUCGCCGUCUCUCACCCCUCUCUCUCUCUCUCUCCCCUCCCUCUCGGACCCGGCCCUUUCCCCUCGGGCCGUCUCCUUCGUCCUUCCUCCUCACCUCGCCAUGGCGUUCUUCUCUCACCACCAUCUCCAGCAGCCGCACCCGCAGCAGGCGCCGCCGCCGCCGCAACAUCAGCAGCAGCAGGUGCUUCCUUCCUUCAGGAACGCGCUGCCAGUGCCGGUGGAUGGCCAGAUCCCGGCGCCCCUGGCCUUCUUCAACCCGCCGCCUGCCUUCCCGGAGCAGCCCGCGCAAGCACCGCUGGUGGAUGCGGUGGGGCUGACGGCGGCCGCGGGGCUUGGGUGGAGGCAGCCGAGGGAGCAGGAGCUGCUUGGGGAGAACUCUCAGAUGUCGUCCAUCGAUUUCCUGCAGACAGGCUCGGCAGUGUCGACGGGGCUGGCGUUGUCUCUGGAGGACCGGCGCCACGGCGGCGGGGGCGGCGGGGCUGGGAACUCCUCGGGCGAUUCCCCGCUGCUCCUGCUGCCCAUGCUGGACGAUGACAUCUCCCGUGAGGUCCAGCGGCUUGAUGCUGAUAUGGACCGGUUUAUUAAAGCUCAGAGUGAACGGCUGAGGCAAUCUAUAUUGGAGAAAGUUCAGGCAAAGCAAUUUGAGGCACUGGCCUCUGUUGAGGACAAGAUACUACGAAAAAUACGGGAUAAAGAGGCGGAAGUGGAGACCAUUAACAAAAGGAACUCUGAACUUGAGGACCAGAUUAAGCAGUUGGCAGUGGAAGUUGGUGCUUGGCAGCAAAGGGCCAAGUACAAUGAGAGCAUGAUCAAUGCACUCAAGUACAACCUGGAACAGGUAUGUGCCCAUCAGAGCAAGGAUUUCAAGGAAGGCUGUGGCGAUAGCGAGGUAGAUGACACGGCAUCCUGUUGCAACGGUGGUGCCGUCAAUUUGCAACUGAUGCCGAAGGAGAACAGGCAACCGAAGGAUUUGACGGCCUGCAGGGUCUGUAAAUCAAGUGAGGCAUGCAUGCUGUUGCUGCCUUGUCGGCAUCUUUGCCUUUGCAAGGAGUGCGAAAGCAAGCUGAGCUUCUGCCCCUUGUGCCAGUCCUCGAAGAUACUUGGCAUGGAGAUAUACAUGUAGAGUAGAAUUUAUGUACCGCAUGAGUAUCUUAUGAGGUAUCUUGCGAGAUACUGUGUUAAUAUGUCAAUCUAUUCCAAACUCUAGAACCUGUGUAUCACUAUGAUUUGUCACUGGAUCGAAAAGACUGCCGUUUAUGGUAGAUUUGCCGCUGCAAAUUUCUAUCAGAAGUUCAUGCUUGAUUUGUAAUAAACUUCUCGGUAGAGUUUAUUUUGUCA